AUGUGUAACAUGGUAUCUUCAACAAUAGUAAUCUUAUUGUUUCAAUUAUUUAAAUCCACAAUUGCCAUUACUUAUGACGAUUUACUUGAUCAGAUCUCAAAAGGCAAUUAUACAGAUGAUAGAGUUGUGGAAGGUCACAUAUUAGUAGACUCAAAUCCUGGUUAUGGAGCAGAUUUAAAUAUUUCAAUGUAUUCAUUUAAUAAUUAUGGAAUUUUGGUAGAAGCUCAUAAAAUAUAUCAAGAAGCUAUUGCUAAUGAAAAAUGGGGUGAUGCGGUUAUUUUAUCACAAUUUAUUUUACAUAAUGCUGUUAUUACUAAUGAAACAUUAAGAGGUGAUAUUGGUGAUUUAAUUAUUUCAAAAGCUAAUAAUAAUUUAACAUUAUUUGAAAUUUGGUCAAAUACUACAACUAAUGAUUCUUUGAAACAGUAUUUUGAUGUUUUACUGAAUGAGUUAUUGACUGAUGAACAGAUCAAUAGAAAUGACUUUUUAGGAAGAUCCAACGAACAAUUUGUAUUUGUUAGAUCAUCUUCAUCAUCAUCAUUAAUAAAUAAAGAAGAUUGUAAACAACUUGAGAAAACUAUUAAGUCUGAUGAUACAUUGAAUGAGAUUGAUGAAGAAGAAAAUAAAAUUAUGAAUGGAGAGGGAAAUAUAAUUAAAUCAUAUUGUUUUAGUUCAUGUUGUUUAAAUUUCAAAAUUGAUCCAAGUGAAGAACAUCAAUUUCAAAAAAAUUUUAAUAAAUUUAUAGAUAUAUUCAAAUUCAGUUUUGAACAAGCACAAGAUCAAACUACAAUAAAUGAUGACAAAGAAAUAUCAACAGAUUACGAAACUGAAGAUUGUAAAUCAGAUCAUUGUUGUGGAGAAGUUCAAUUAAAUUGUAAAAUUUUCGGUUUGUAUUUUAAAGGAAAAUCAAAUAUUUGUUUGAGAAAAAAAGAUGAAAUUGACAAUAAAAUUCAAGGAGAUAACAUAUAUAUUGAACAUAAUGAAUUAUAA